CAUGUACCAUAGAAUCAUAUUUUGCGCGACACGUUACUUUUUCAAAAAGUAGUAGAAAUCGGAAAAAUGAAUAAUUAUUUUCUACUAAUCGUCAACUUUUUCGCAUUUAUUUACUCAGCAGUGCACACAGAUGCACAGGGUAUGGAAUCCGAAACAUUUGUGUUGAACGUAAACGUAGACGCGCAUCCUGAUAAUUAUUUGCAACUUCCACUCACAUAUAUUCCAACGCUGCAAGACCAAAACGUAAUCCGAGCUUGCCCAGCAGAAAAAGGUCAGGACCAAACAAAUCUAUCCGAAAUUUCAAAGAAGCAAAAUAUGUUUUACGAAUAUGAGUAUUGUCUGUUUCGAAAACCAUUUGGCGAGGGUCAUAGCAAGAUAUGUACAGAGGAAGUGAGACCCCUGCUUCGAGCGGAGAUCGACGGAAGAACCGAGGAAAUAAAAUCAUGCGGAUUUUCAAAGAAACAUAAGUUAUAUUCAUUUGGUUUCUAUUAUUGUGGAGAGCCUGGAAGGUUGACACAGUUGGAAAACAGAAAAAUAAAAAAACAUCCGCUACUGUUUGAAUUGGACACAGCUUUCUUUCCAAUAUAUCAACUAUGUGUCGAUACGUCAACACGGAUGGCUGUAUGGACAAAGCAUAGCAUCAUGACACCGGUUAUUUUUAAAUUAUACAACGAAGAAAGACUAAAGCAAGAAGAAGAAGAAAAUCCGACAAUCAGUACCGCUGCUUUACUGUUCAAUGGGAAAACUUACGAAUCAAAGGCAAAAUUAUACGACAAACAAAACGAUCCGAAAAAGCCCAAAAUGAUUCGAAACUUGAUGGUGCCUAGACAACAUAUAGCUGUGAAGAUGUGGAAAAAAACCAUCAAUCAUUAUAUUAUCAUAGCUCCACUCUGGGACCAGUUACAGCUACUGAUGACAGAAAUUGACUCAGUUAUCAAGAAACUAGCUCUAAUAUUACAUUCGAAAAAUCAACUUCUAACCGUUUACACCAAAGUAGUCGAUUCAUCAACCAGUAGUAUGAUUUGGGGAACUAGGAUUUCCAAUACAUGGUACAAACUGCUUCACGAAAAAAAGAAUAACUCGGCUACAUUAAUUAUAGUACAAAAUACACCUGAUAAACCACCCAGUAAGGAAAUCAAAUUAUGCGACACGCGAAAGCAAGGCGAUAUGAGGAGCUGGCUUCCCAAUGUUCCAGAGGAUACUUUGCGAUACGCGGUAAGUUGUAUUCCAAGCACAGAAGAAAUUAAAAAACUGUUCAACGUGUAUUUGGAUUUCGAGGGAGAUUUAAAUAUCGAUACACAACUGCAGACGAACGAUAUCGAUAAUAAUCAACCAGCUCAAUCACAUAAGUCGAAUCAAUUAGGCAAAAUUAUUCAACACCAGGAGGAAGGACCAUACCCGCAAAUCGUAGUUGAUUCUCAAGACGAAAUUAAAAUGGGCCGAAAUCGUGAAAACAAAUCUACGCGGUAGAUGCACCCUCUUCGAUAGCCAGUUUCACAAUAUUAUAAUAUGUACCUACUCUUUCUCAUGCCAGCAUGUUGCAAUAAUUUUAUUUCACAUAGCAACGAUUCUGAGGAGCAUACCUAUGCACAGAAAUAUACGAUAUUUCUUUACUUUAAUUAAUAAAAAGAAUCAAAUUCGAAUUUUAAAAAUAAAUGUACUUAAGUACCUGAGCCUAUACACAUAAGCAUACAAAAAAGUAUUUCGCAUUUCUCUUCUCAUGUAAUUAUCA